GGGAAGCCAGCGGCCGAGAGCGCCGCGCGGAAAAGCCCGGCCGGCUCCUCGGGGCGCCAAGCGGCGGGCAGCUCCGCGGCCUCCAGGCGCCUCCGAGGGCUGCAGGCGCGGCGGGGGCGAGGCUGAGGCCCUCCUGCGCCCGGCCGGGCAGGUGAGGCCGGGCCGGGCGGGGCGAGGCAACUUUCCGGCCGCGUCGCCAGAUCCGGAUCCCGGGGCGGCUGCACUGACGUGGCCCGCCGGAGCGCAGCGGAGAGGGAAGGGGCGGGCGGAGCAGCGAGCGGCGUCCUGGAGCGGAGCGGCGCCCUUCGGCGGCAGGACCGAGCAAGCCGGUCUGCUGAAGGGUCGUUUGGAUAACCAUGGCGGAAGGUGGAUUUGACCCCUGUGAAUGUCUUUGCUCUCACGAACAUGCCAUGAGGAGGCUGAUCAAUCUGUUACGACAAUCACAGUCUUACUGCACAGACACGGAAUGCCUUCAGGAAUUGCCCGGACCGAGUCCGUCCGCUGACAACGGCACCAGUGUUGCAGUGAUGGUGGUGGCCUGGCUGGUUCUGGCCCUUGCCUUGUUCCUGAUGAGACCCACGAACUUCGGAAGAUCUAACAGAACGGGAAAACCAACCUACCCGCACAAUGGAGAAGAACCACCCGCACCGCCCGUGGACUAGAGCACAGUGGAAAAACUCCACCAGAAAAGUUCAGCAGCUGUAAUCUUGUAUGACCAAAUGGAUGAAAGUGACCAGUACUUUUUACUUCUAAACCGUGUACAAUAUUGGGUUCUUCCACACAUUUAUAAAUCCUUUUCUGGGUUUUUCCUAUAAUCAUUCCUAGCAGAUGACACUUGAAUAAAUUAACAAAGGUGGCAAGAGGUGAUAGACAUUUUUUGUGAUAGUUGGGUCCAUAAGACAUUUACAGCUGGGGAGUCCAUGAAGACUCACUGUGAGAGAAGUUGCUUCACUCCGGCCCGCUGGACUCUGCUGCCCCUCAGUGUUGUUCAGGCUCAUCUUUGACCUCUUCUCCCUUUUGCAGCCCCCCCCCCCCCGUGACCUUUCAUAUUCUUUAUUCUGUCCCACUCUGCUUCUGGUAGGGGCCAUGCAAUGCCAGGCACCAUUUCGAGUUGCUGCAGCAAGCUGAAACACCAGCCAAACACUGGAAAUUUCUUUUGGCUAUCUCCAUAUUUUCAGACCUCACUUUGCUUCUAGGAUUUUUUUCUAGAAAAACCCCAGGUUUGCAGAAACAUCAGCCUAGAUAUGGGUGGGCCUAUUGUGCAGUGUUUUUGAUUAGCACGGUGGGGUCACCCAUAAGAAUUAAACUUGUGAUUUUUUAAAAAAGUACAUUGACAUUCACAAUCACUUUCGAGGGGGGAAUGAAAAUAUCAAUACUUACUAUGCUUUAAACUAAUGAUUGUUCUUUUUAUCCAUAAGUAUUGUUCUUUAACUACAUAUAUAGUUACAAGAUUGAGUCCAUUCCCUUAGCAAAUUCACUGUGCUUUUUAAAACACCCCAUUCGCUGAAGAUGUGAACAGAAAUUCCCAGUGGAUUGUACACAAUGCCUGUAUUUUCAUAUAAAAUAAUCCAAGAUGCAUUUCAUUAAUGUGAUUUACAAUUUACUCUGUUUUAAUCAGAAUUUCUGGGGCAAUUCAUCUUGUAUUUAUACUAGUGCUGAUGGUAGUGCAUCUUUCUCUAACAUGCAGCCAAAUUAAAUAUAUUUAUUAUAAGUAAGCAAAUAGUGUUAAAAACUAUUAAAGCCUGCAUCAUCAAACAGUACAUUCUAAAACAGGAAUUAUUUAUAGAUACCAUAAAAUAAAAAGGCAGUAAUCUUAUACACUAUACCUUAGUGAGUAGUACCAUGAUCUGCAGCAACCCUUACCCGCUGAUCUGAGUUUCCUCUGGGUGUGUGGAGCUCUGCUGGCACUGCGACGGCUUCGCUUAAAUGGGGGCCACAGCAUGGGAUGCGUUGAAGCCGCUGGAAACGGUUUCAGACUAAAACUCGUGGCACGUUCACCACUUUGCAGCAAGGGAGAGCCUGCGAAUCAGAGAGGAGAGCUCUGCCGGGUUUUUCUCGCGGAUGUGCUCAUUAGACGCAGAAGGUUUUCUCUGUGACGCGUCCUGCCUCUCAAGUAGGCAGUCCAGAAUUCGACUACCCAGUCAGGAUAAUUUGUGGAAUAGCUUUAAAACCAAAAGUUUUGUAAACUCAGCAUCUUCAAAUAGAGACUUCAAUGAGAUAUGACUUGUAGUUGCCAGUAAUGGAAUGUAAAAAAUUUAUAUUCUUCUCAUGCAGUAUCAGUAUUCCUUCCUUACGUAUGUACUUAAAAUGAGCAAGAAGGAAAUAUAGGGAGGAAUCUUGGAUAAUUUGGUGUGCAUGUGCAUUUGAGUGAGUAUCUUCUACUUUAACUAACAGGAAUUUAAAUGUACAUUAAGUAAUUGGGGAGGAAAAACCUCUUAGCAAUGCAAAAACAAGGGAUUUGCCUACUUUUCUUCAUCAUUUUUGAAAAUGAACAAUGAAAAAAUCUCUGUUUCACAUAGAUAAUGAAACAACUUUUCCACAAUAUUACAGCAGUCUAGCAAGAUUACAGUAAAAUAGCUCACCCAAAAAACUCACCAAUAUUCAAUUACUGUCACGCAAAAGCACCUCAAAUAUAGCUGAACCUACACAAAUUAAAAGUUUAGCUGGUAGUACUGUCAUUCAAUCUGACCUGGGGCAAAAAAAAAAAUCUUUACCUGCCACACAGAAUGAUUCCCAAGGCAUGAUUUUCAAAUUUUCUGGCUUCAGGGAAAUCUUUUCCCAAUGAUACAUCUGACCUAGGAGCCAUAUGGCUUGCAGAGGAUUCUGGGAAAUGUUCUAGAGUGCAUCCAUGGCUUGUGUGUACAGCGCUAAUUAAGCCAGAUGGACACUGCUGUCACUCUGCCUGAAUGGAGAGGGCCCACGCGACACUCCCCUGCAGUGAGCAAGCAGUCUUUCAGGAAAGCUGCCCUCCAUUAUUGACCACCUUACCCUGAUAAUCUUUUGGGGAAUCCCAGUUCUUUGGAACAUAGUUUUGAAAACCAUUGUCCUAAAGGAGGGACGCUAAGAAAGAAAAAUGCCAGCUAAGGACAGGAGCUGUCCAUCAACACGUGUUUUGGGGAUGAUGGACAUAGUCUAGAUCGAUCACCUCGUUGCAUUCCAUCUUCCACACCAAUGAAGCAUGCAAGGUUGUUUUAGGAGGGGCGCGUUCCUUGAGCAAUUACCAGUGCCUCUCACUUUUAGAAAUGUUUUAUUAUUAGAAUGCGAUCGGCUUUGUAUUAGAUUCAGCACAAAACAGAGGUUAUAGCUGCUUAAGAAUUUAUAAAGCAGGUUUUCUGUUAACCUUUUUAGUUUAUAACAUUUUUUUAGAAUUCUUGUCAAAGUGCACUUAGAUGCCAAAAUGAAGGUUCAUAUUUGCAGAUGACUUAGCUGUAAGAGGUAAUGGAAGUGUCUUGGACAGAAAGGAAGGAGCUAAGUAACGUGGUGAUGAUCGGAUUAGUCUGAAUCAUGUGUGUGAAAAGAGUCAUCUGUACCAUUUGGGAUUUUAUGUAUAUUUUACUAAGAUUUUGUUGGGGAUAAAGGGUUCGUACUUGUACUUACUGAUUUAAAUAAAUAUUAACUCUCUGGA